GUCAUCACUCAUCACCAUAUCCUAAUCCUUUUAUUUUAAAUCUCACCUUUGCUCAAAGAGCAUUUGUAUCUAUUCACAUAGAAACUCACUUUCUGUAUUCACUCUGUUUGGAGAAAAUGGAGAGUCAAGUUGUGCGACGAAGAGUUAACAUGAUUGCUGCCCAUUUAGCUGCACAUGAUGAUAUUUCCGCCUCCGCUACUCAUCUCUUUCCUAUGAGCUGUAGCAGUAGCUUGAAUUCUGCUAUUCCGAGGUACGAUAACAGAAUGUACUAUGCACGACAAAGUUCCAGUUCUCAAGCUUGUUUCAUGAGGCUCAAUUCAAGUGAACAGGGAAGCUGUACUGAAUCUGCCUCGCCUUUCAAGGCUAACGAUUGUGCAAAAAAGAGUACAAGUGCUUCUGAAGGACCAAUGUUUUCUAGACCUGCCAAUAAAAAAAUUCAGUAUACUGCACAAGAUUUCAAAUACAAUGAAAUUGCCAAAGAAGCUCCUAAAUUUGCCAGGCCACGUACAAGGACUAACGAAGCAUCGCAUUUCCAAUUGAAAGAACGACGAAAUGGACUUCAAUCUAAUGGAAGUGAAUGGUCUCCUAAGAUGGAUGUUGCAGAAUCUGGAAGCAUGUACGUCGUAUCUAUAGAACUUCCCGGUGUCAAUAUAAGUGAUAUAAAGGUAGAAGUCAGUGACAAAAGCUUAAUAGUUUCUGGAAAUCGUAGAACUCAGUGUAAAGUGUCAGCAUACUUGAAUGGCUUGGUAUCAGCCUAUCACAAAAAGGAGAUUGUUCAGGGACCAUACCGAGUUUUCUGGCCUCUUCCAAGUAAUGCUAAUAAAGAUCGCGUCUCAGCUGAGUUUGUGGAUGGACUUCUACAGAUUACAAUUCCAAAACUUUGAGAAACAUGGCAACCAAUCAUGACAGAUAUUUACUUAUAAAAUAUAUACUCGAAGUAGGUUAAGCAACAGGAGUUACAAUACAACAUGUACCAUGUAUAAGUACUUGCACGCUAUUUACUUGGACACCAGUAUAAAUUGCCAUUGAUUAUGAGCUAUACUUGUAAAUUGUAAUGCUACUUUAGUAGCCAUAUAUCAGUAUGUUAAAAUUGACAAUA